CCUCUUUCGGGCGGCAGAUAUGGUCGUAGAUUGAUACCUAAAGAAUGAAUGAUUUGAUACACAAGAAAAUCCAUCCCUCUUAUACUCGUUCUCUUGUUAGUGUAUUAUUUAUUCAUGAGUCGCUUAAAUCGAUCUCUAGAACUCUGACUUCACAGACCUCCUUGAAUCCAUAGAGUCGAUAUUAAUAAUGACAUUUGCUUCUGUAUGCGACCCAAGACAUGACCCUUAGGUUGCAUUCUUCAUUGGAUCCUAACAGCAAUUUAUCCGUGCCCACUACUAUAACAGCUCGUAUGGUGUCACUUUACUACCAUAUAAUCGCAAAACAAAUCCUGAAAUGCAAUCCUUAUCUUACUAUCGUACCUCGUCGCCUCUCUAGAUAUGGAUACAAACUCGCUUUUCCAAUCCAGCUUUCACGUUUGCAUCAUUGGAGGGGGUGUCGUGGGUCUCACUGGUAGUAUCCUCUUGCGCCAACAAGGCCUCAAGGUGACUGUUCUUGAAAGGGAUAUGGCAUUACAUACUACCGGAGCUGGAAUCCAGCUGCACCCGAAUGCCGUGCGUGUGCUACAGAAUAUGAACGUUUACGAGAAGAUUAGGUCGAAGUCUAUCAUCCCACCAUCUAUUAUUCUGAAAGACUACAAGACCGGUCAAGUACUUCAUGCCCAGGAUUUACUAGAGCCGGCAAAGAAGUAUGGCGCGCCUCUUCUCACUCUGCAUCGUGCACAUCUGCGCGAGUUGCUUUACGACGAAGCGCUGAGCUACGGUGUUGAGAUUAGGCACGGCGUUCACAUCAAUGUCGCCGACAUAAACCUAGAGAAAGGUGAAGUGAAGCUAUCGGAUCCUCUUGAGACGUUCGAGGCAGACCUUAUUAUCGGCGCGGAUGGUGCGCAAUCUGUGGUUCGCGAAGCUUUGAACGGACAUAAGGAAGAGGCUACCCCUCAUGGCAAAAUCGUGAACCGUAUCCUGGUUGAAGAGGCUGUUAUUAUAAAAAUUCUAUACCUGACGUCACGGACAACACUACUCUUAAAGCAUAUACAUUCCAAGUCCAUAUAGCGCCUUUGUUACAAUUUUAUUAAAAGGAAUAAGAAAAGGCGCGAGUGUAACGAGCUUCAGAUGAUUGCUUAUAUAACGAUGUAUCAUCACCAGGAUCGCAUCUAAGACAUACGUUACUCCAACUUCCUUUCGGUUCUCACCGGUGAGCAUUCGAUUUGCCAAAGUUAUCAGAAAAAGAGU